CAGAGCCAUACCCAUGGAAACCGGAAAACAUAUAUAGUCCUCUCCCACAUUCAUCUUUCAUCUCUUAAAACAUCCAUCAUACACAAACACAUCAUGUCUUCCGCAAGAAUCGCAAACUCUGUCAAAUCCGCCGUUGGUGGCGCCAAGAAGGCCGUUGGGUCUGCUCUCGGCAAUGAGUCCAUGAAAGCUUCUGGUAUGGCCCAGCAGGCCGAAGCCAAGGUUUCUGGUAUGGCUUCCCAAGCAGCACAAAAGGCCAAGGGCGUGGCCCAUAAUAUCGAAGGUGCAGCACAACGUACUGUCGGCGCCGCUACUGGGGACAAAUCCAUGGAAGCUAAAGGACACCUCAACUCUGCACGUGGAGACGCUGAACAAAAGAAGAAACACCCCUCUUAA